AUGUCCAACCAACCCACCAUAAGUCACGCAACCCGCGAAGGCGAACCUCCAUCUGGACCUGGCUACGCCAAAGUCCUCUUAAUCCGUACGCCAAGCGAUGAAGUGGCUGGCAUGGGAUUGUACUUCAACAACUACUCUACUUGGUGGGCAGCCCCUGGAGUCUACCUCGAAGAUUUGUUCGUGCUUCCUGAACACCGUAACAAGGGCUACGGAAAGCUACUGAUCGGAGCAUUGGCGAAGGAAGUCAAGAGAAUCGGUGGCAAGAGACUAGAGUGGUGUUGCUUAAAGUGGAACAAGCCAUCUCUGGACUUCUACAAGAUGUUGGGAGCCGAGCAGAUGGAAGAUUGGGUCACAUUGAGGGCAGAUGGAGAAGCUUUGGACAAGUUGGCUGGUUCUGCUGACAAGGCUGCGAAGGUGCAGAUUGAUGGUAAAUGA